AUGUGACUCCCUCUCUGUGUGUUUUAUCCUCUUACUGCAGCUCUUCUUCUCACUUCAGAUUAGAACUGACUCUGCACAGGUGUCUGUCUUCUAGUCUGCAAAAAGAGCAGGACUGGCAUCAUGGUGAGUCCUGAACAGAAAGUGGUCCUGAUCACUGGCUGCUCCUCUGGGAUUGGCCUACGAAUGGCUGUGAUGCUGGCCAAGGAUGAGAAGAAGCGCUACCACGUAAUAGCCACGAUGCGUGACCUGAAACGAAAGGACAAGCUGGUAGAGGCUGCUGGAGAUGCGUAUGGGAAAACUCUUUCUCUUGCUGUGCUGGAUGUCUGCAGUGAUGAAUCUGUCAAACAAUGCAUAAACGGCAUCAAAGAUCGACACGUAGAUGUCCUUAUCAACAAUGCUGGUAUUGGCCUGGUGGGUCCAGUAGAAAGCAUUCCUAUUGAAGAGAUGAAGAAAGUAUUUGAGACUAAUUUCUUUGGAGUCAUCAGGAUGAUCAAGGAAGUGAUGCCGGACAUGAAGCAAAGAAGAGGAGGACACAUCAUUGUAGUAAGCAGCGUGAUGGGACUACAAGGUGUUGUGUUUAAUGACGUCUACGCUGCUUCUAAGUUUGCCAUGGAGGGUUUUUGUGAGAGUUUGGCUGUGCAACUUUUGAAGUUUAACGUCAUCCUGUCGCUGAUCGAGCCAGGACCAGUGCACACAGAAUUUGAAGCUAAGAUGAUUCAGGAUGUGAAACAAAAGGAGUAUCCUGGAGCGGAUCCUGACACUGUGCACUACUUCAAGAACGUCUAUCUUCCUUCUUCUGUGGACAUUUUUGAGGCACUUGGACAAACACCUGAUGACAUUGCUAAAUGCACAAAGAAAGUGAUCGAAGCAAGUCAUCCCCGUUUCCGUAAUCUGACCAAUCCACUGUAUACGCCAAUAGUGGCACUGAAGUACGCCGACGAAACUGGAGGGCUGUCUGUUCAUGCUUUCUACCACAUGCUCUUUAACAUGGGGCCUCUGAUGCAUGUCAGUAUGACUGCCAUGAAGUAUCUAACCUGUGGAUGUCUCAGGAGAAGAACAAUUUCACCAAACUAAAAAACAAUGUGAUUUACUAAGGACUUUCUCGUAAACACAACCAAUUUUAAAUACUUCACAGUCCAAAAUCAUGCUUACUGUAGUAGAUGGUUUCACAAUAUUAUCCUAUGUAUAACAUUUUAUGGGUGCUUAGAGACAGAAUUGAUGUUAAAUUUGACAAAAUUAGUCAUUAUCUUCAGUGCCAAAUUAAUAAGGCUUAAUAAAAUUUCAUUAAAAAAAACAAAAAACAAAUGAAACAACCAGAAUGAUGUGACUAAUGAAGACAUUUCAUGUCAUUGUGGCAAAUGCAGCAACAUUUGCUAAAAGACAAUUAUAAACACUAUGGCAUGAUAGAUUUUAAGAAAUAAGUUAAACAUGACAAGUUUUAUGACAGAAAAAACAGAUAUUGCAGCAGGGAUUAUGAACAAAAAGGGAAACAAACUGCUGCUCAGAUAGUAAACAAGAAAGAUUCACAGUUUUGCAGGGUUAAACAAGGGAACAUAUGGGAAUAUAAAAUAGGAAGAAGGCAAGAGCCUUCAAUUUUUUAAAGUUUUUAAUCUGUUUUCUGCUAAAGAUUUUGUAAACCUGGCCAGCAUUGUUGUGAUGUUGUUGGUAUUAAAAAUGAGGGUACAUCAACUAUAUCAUCACUGUUUUUGAGAUGGAAGGUGGGAGACUGUCCUAAUAAAGUCCAGUCACAUUAAUUAAGGGGGAGAACCCUCUCAAGGAGGAUCAGGGGAAAUGGACAGCAUGAGCGUCACAGCAAAGAUUUUGAAUACUUAUAACCAUGUGAAUUUUCAGUUUUUAUUUUGUAAUAAAUUUUCAAAAAAUUUUUCAUUUCUGUUUUUUUCUGUCAAGAUAAGAUGCUGAGUGCAAUUUAUGAGAAAUAAUAUGAACUUUUUUGAUUUUAGUAAAUGGCUGCAAUACUUUCCGUACCCACUGUAGGUAGCUCAGUUUUAGUCAUCAUGACUGUAGCAGUUUAUAUUUGCUGAAAAAAUACAUACAAUGUAAAACAACACAACAAUUGACAUUUUAACAAAAAGGCAGAGAGAAAAAAAUUAAACAUCUUUUAGAUAGCUCUAUUAUAAGCUAUUAUUACUAUAGAUGUUUCAAACUUUAUGUAUUUGUUUUUCACAUUUUUACACAUAUAUGUGAAUGCGUAUAUGUAUAAUUUUGACUCUGUGUGAUACAAAGAAUCAUCCUAAUAAACUGAAACUUGUGCACCUGA